AUGGACACAGGAAUCAUAUUGUAUGUCUGCAAUCUAGAAACUCUACUCUUUCAACCCCUUGCUAAUGCAAGUAAGGGUGAUAACCUGCUUCCUGCUGGCACUGAGGAUUAUAUCCAUGUAAGAAUUCAACAGACAGGAAAAAAAAUUCAACAGAGAAGUGGCAGGAAGAUCCCUUCUACUGUCCAAGGGAUUGCUGACAAGUAUGAUGAAAAGAAACUAGUGAAGGCAUUUAAGAAGAAAUUUGCCUCCAAUUACACUGUAAUUGAGCAUCCAGAAAAUGGAAAAAUAAUUCAGCUAAAGGGUGACCAGCACAAGAACAUAAGUCAGUUCCUAGUAGAGACUGGAUGGCAUAAGGAUAAUCAACUGAAGGUUCAUGGGUUUUAAGUGCUUGUGGCUCCCUGAAGCUUAAGUAAAGGUUUCCUUGCAAUGAGUAGAAUUUCCCUUCUGUCCCUUGUCACAAGUUUAAAAACCUCACAGCUUGUAUAAUGUUUUUCACUUGGACCACUUUAACUGCUUCAUACAAUACACAGAAAUGAAAAGAGCCUACAUAUUGAGGGGUGGGGGCAAAAGGAAGCAAACACUGGUUUCAAAAAUGAACUUCUAGUUAAAAAUCACACUCCAAAAUGCAGGUCUUGCCAGGCACAGUGGCACAUGC